CUUUGCAAAUCAACAAUCUCUCCCACAACCAACACCAUUACCAGCCUCACCCUCCGUAUGCCCAAACCCACGCGCCAACGUCGUAAUUAAAAACACACCUCCUAUACUACCCUCUUCCUCAAUAUGCUUGCGCUGCUGGAGCUCUACCGCUACCACUGAAGAACCCUAGUCGACUCUUCUUCUCAUCCACCAAUCCUCCGCGUCCUUCCAUCCCAUGAUACUUUCGCCGCCCACCUCUGCACCUUGAUCAGAGACGCCGGCCGUCGAGGAAUAUGGGCGAUUCCGGCGCAACUGCUAUGACAACGACUUCAUCGCACUCGCUGGCCAAUAUUGAUCACGACGACCCCCUCGCUUUCAACGAAUACGGCCUUCCGGAGCUUCGAACCUCCCACCAUUCUCCUCCCCUACCUUCCAACAGCCCCUCCGCAAUCAUGGCCUCUUUCUCCGACUUCCCCUCCAUGACUUUUGGCCAAAAUGCCGCCUACACCACCUACGACCGAUCACAAAUGCGCGUCAGCCCGACCAUCAAAACCAACCUCCAACAAACCCACCGGGGAAGCAUAAGCACCUUGAGCGAGGACAACAUCCCUGGCAGUGCCCAUCCACACCGAUUGAGCAUCGGCAGUACGGGCAACUACGGUCAGGAUGGGAAUAAUACCAGCCCUGAAAGCGCACCUGCGCUGGGCCUCCUAGCUAUUGGAGACCCUCUCCACGACCCUUCAACAAUGGGCCUGAAAUUGGAGGACGGUAUCGACAUGGAGGGCGCAGACGGUUCGACGUCAAAGAAGGACAAGAACGACCCACAAGAUACUCCAGCAUGGAGUGAAAUGAAGACGAAAGCUGGAAAGGAUCGGAAGCGACUUCCCCUUGCGUGCAUCGCCUGUCGGCGGAAGAAGAUACGAUGUUCGGGAGAGAAACCAGCUUGCAAGCAUUGCUUGCGGAGCCGGAUACCGUGCGUUUACAAAGUGACGACAAGGAAAGCGGCACCACGGACAGACUACAUGGCAAUGCUCGACAAGCGCUUGCGACGUAUGGAAGAUCGCGUCAUCAAGCUCAUACCCAAGGAGAGCUUACCGUCAGUUUCCGGCGUGGGGAGAUCGGUCGUGAAGCCUGCCCUACCAGGAGCCCCUCCGAAGACACCAACCACCAAAAAGCGAGCCGCCGAAGAGGCUUUCGGUAACGACUUGGACGAGUGGUCCAAAUCGAAAGCUAUAGGCCCAGAUGCUGCGGGCUCGGCGUCGCGCGCAAAGGAAGGCGACGACACCAGCUUGCUAACCGAAGGUGCCGACAGCCUUCCGCCAAAGGAAAUCCAGGAGCAUCUGGCCGAAGUCUACUUUGACCAUGUUUACGGCCAAAGUUACCCACUCUUACACAAACCAAGCUUCAUGAGGAAAUUAGCCCAAGGAAAUGUACCGCCAGUACUGAUUUUAGCCAUCUGUGCCAUCUCGGCCCGGUUUUCCACACAUCCAAAGCUUCGGACAGAGCCAGCCUUCUUACGCGGAGACGACUGGGCAGAACGCGCACGUGAGAUAUCACUGAAGCGGUUCGACACGCCCAACAUUACCAUCCUCAUCGUGUAUCUGCUCCUUGGUCUACACGAGUUCGGCACGUGCCAAGGUGGUCGGAGUUGGAUGUUUGGCGGUAUGGCUCAGAGGAUGGCCUACGCCUUGCAGCUACACAAGGAAUUGGCAUUCGAUCCCACGGUGAAUGAACCCGAUCGAAAGCCGCUUAGCCCUACGGAUCGUGAGAUUCGACGGCGAGUCAUGUGGUCCUGUUUCCUCAUGGAUCGUUUCAACUCAUCGGGAACCGAUCGACCUCUCUUUGUCAACGAACAGUACAUUGAAGUCCAGCUGCCGAUGAAGGAGAACUUGUUCUUGGACCAGGUGCAAGCGCCGACGGAAAACCUUGACGGCAAGGUCCCCAACCCGGUCCCACCGGACAGUGGCCAGCCUUCGAACGCGCGAGAGAACAUGGGCGUUGCUGCAUACACCAUUCGUCUGGUCUGCAUAUGGGGAAAACUGGUGAAGUACAUGAACCUAGGCGGAAAAGAGAAAGAAGUGGAAUCGAUGUGGUCUCCUAAGUCCACAUUUUUGAACAUCAAGAAGGAAGUGAAGGAAUUUAGAGACGCGUUACCAGAAAUGCUGGUCUACAACCCUGAAAACUUGAAGAGCCACGCCAUUGGCAAGACCGCCAACCACUUCCUUUACCUCCACAUCCUCUAUCAGCAGAUCAUUCUCUUCAUGCACAGAUUUUCGUUCCCGACCCGAGCGGACAGCCGCCCGCCGAAAGACAUGCCCCGCGAUUUCAUUACCGAAUCUGCACGAACUGCGUUGGAGGCUGCCAACCAGAUCUCCAUCCUCAUCAAUGAAGCCAUGGAUUACAAUGUGGUGGCUCCAUUUGCCGGUUACUCCGCUUUCUUCUCAUCCACAGUCCACGUCCAUGGCAUCUUCUCAAAGAGUGCGAAACUUGAAGCACAGUCAAAGAAAUACCUGGCGUACAAUGUCAAGUAUUUGAGCAAAAUGAAGAAGCACUGGGGCAUGUUUCACUACAUUGCCGAGAACCUGAAAGAUUUGUAUAGACAACAUGCCGAUGCGCAUCUGCGUGGACCCACGACGGCGACCGACAAAUCUGGAAAGGGCGUGAUCUUCCAGUAUGGUGACUGGUUUGAUCGCUAUCCGCGUGGAGUCUCGAAGGAGGACUACGAAGACGCCGCCGAGCCACCUUCAAAUGAACCGGGCACAGAUGCAGUCUUGAGCCAAAAGAGUGACCUUCAGAGCGUGGAGGAGUUCUUCGCAUCGUUAUCGCCGCCCUCGAAGACCGACCAACAACGCAAGCAGGCUCGCAAGAACAAAUCGAAAUCAGUUUCCAAGGCCGAGGCACCGGUGAUGAAUGCCAACGAGACCGCUCAGCUGCAGCAGGCGCAACAAAUGCACCAGCAUCACCUUCAACAACAGAUGGGUCAUAUCCAGAUCGCUCCCCAAGACCCGAUGGACGCCUCUGCGUUUGAUCCUAGUUACUUCUCCACCGCCAACCAACAACAGCAGUUUAUUCCCGGCUUCGAGCAUCAACACCAGCAACAUGCCCUCUCCAUGCUUGCAACCUCUCCCACAUCUCUCCUGCCACCGCAAAUGGACCUCUCCCCAUUCCCUGAAUUCUCUGCCCAUCCGAACAGCGCUGGUCUAUGGAACAUUGAUCCGAUGGGUAUGGGCGGUGGCUUCCUCGACCCCAGCAAUGCUUGGUUCCUGCCAUUCAACAUGGAGCCACCCACUCUAGGUGACGAUGGGGGCGUCUUCGGGCCAGCCGGAUUCGACUUUGGCCUCAAUACCGGACCGCCAGUGGACAUGGGCAUGAAUGGCCAUAUGGGUCACCGCGCGAGUGUUAGCCACCCUGGCGGUACGCCUAUGGAUGGGCUAGAGGGCCUUGAUGGAGGCCGUUGAUAGGCGUUAGCCGACACGAAUCAUCACGUAUAUUAUCCAUGACAUAUCACGACUAUUUCGGCUUUUAUACGACUCCUUCACACGACAUACCUUAAGCGACCUACUCUUCUUUGUCUAGGAACCGCAC